GAUAAAUUUUGGUAUGAUCGUGCAUGUCUAACCGAUCCGCAGUGAGCAAUAUGGGAUCUGCAUGCUGCUCGUGAUUGUCUAUGAUGCAAGGUUACCACGGCUCACGAGUUGGAUUUUCACCAUUUUAUAGAGGAUAGUUAUUUCAGAGGGAAAAAAGUUUUAUUGCUUUCGAGGGGUUCAUGGAGAGAACAAGCAGUUGCAGUUUUGCAGUUAGUAGGCUUUCAAUAAGUCAAAAGGUAGAUGAUGAUGAUGAUGCUGAGAGUGAGUGUGUUUCAGAAGCAGGAGAUAUUGGGGAUCGAGUUCUUCAUGGCCCAAGGCACAGUGAGAGAUCUUCCGAAAAUGGAGGUGUUUACAUUCAUGGGGACCAUGAAUUGCAUCAAUAUCCAGCAGCAUUGAAUUAUGACUCCUAUGUAAAGUCAUUCGAACCGAUCCAGACCCCUGUUUCUACUAGUGGAAAAGUUCUUUCUGAAGACAUAAAACAAUUGCAGGAACUUGACAACAAGAAGUUACUCAAGCUACUGGAAUAUGUUUCAUGUCUAACUCAUUUAGCUAUUUUUGGAAUUCUUGGGGUCUUAACAAGAUACUUAGUGGGAAAGUUAUUUGGACCGGGGGUUGCUGGUGUGACUAGUGAUCAGACCAUUCUUUACCCUGACUUGCCUUCUAAUAAGGUUGGUUCCUUUUUGAUGGGAUGGUUUGGUGUUGUAUUUAAAGGAGAUAUAUCCCGUGUAUCUGAGCAUCUAACGAUUGCACUAACAACUGGCUACUUAGGGAGCUUAACAAUUUUCAGUGGUUGGAAUCAGAAAAUGCUUGAGCUCAGUGUUGAUGGACACUGGCUCUUUUCUGUCCGUGGCUUUCUAAUUGGCUUGUCUCUUGUCGCUUUUUCGAUCAUCUUUGGGGUAGAGACGACCAAGGGUUUCAAAUGGCUUCUCAGCACGCUAAACAUGAGACCUAGAAGUGGCACUUGUAUCUCUAAGGUGGACAGCUUUCAACGUCAAUUGGUAGUUACCAUAGUGUUAUUGGUGAUUUCAGGUUUAUUGUGGGGUGUCAUCGGUGCAUUGGAAAAGGAUGAGUUUAAACAUGGUGGUAAUGCAGCUCAGUUAUGGUUUGCUUGCACGGUUGGACCUCUAGGUGUGUGGAUUAGGUGGUUCUUAGCUCGACUCAAUGGGCGUGGAAUAGGAGCAUGGUUGUUCAAAUGGCUUCCAUUUGGGACUCUAAUUGCCAAUGUUUCUGUUGUUCGUGUCAUGACUGCAUUAGCUACCAGGAAGAAAUCAGUAAGUUUUUUCAGUAUCUUAUUAUACAAACUCCUUAUGUGGAUCAGAAUUGUUUUGGGAGAAAGAUUUUCUUUCCAACUUUGCUGCUAGAGCCAACUUGAUUCUUCUCCAUAUUCUUGCCACAUGGUAUUUAACUUAUAUUUUUUUUCUUGCCCUCCUACUUAUAUUUUAUUUUUGAAAAUUUUGUACUCGUAUUUUUUUCUUACCCAUAUCAUUUCAUUCUAUUUUUUGUUUUUUCUCUCUCUCUUUCAUCUUCAACAAACGUCUCACCGAACUUCCGAACUUUACGACCACCAAAUUUGUCUUUCUCUUUCUCUCAUUCAACAUUUUUUAUCUUCUCUAAUGCAUUCUUUGUUCGUCUUCAUUAUAUCAAAAUGCAUAACUUCUAACUCAACGUGCUUUGGUUUUUCUCAAGAUUUCUUCAUUUUGGGAAGAUUAAGUCUCAUUUUGUUAAAGUUUCUCAGGUCAGUUGUGGCAAUUUAGUUACUUUUUCAAUUGCUUCCUUCCACUGUUGCAGUUUACAUUAUACAUGAAUUCAAAUGCUUUCUCUUUGCAGCAAUCAUCGUUACGUGUACUUAUGAUUUAAAUUUAAUUUAAAACUUUUAUACGAUCUGACAUGAUUUAAAUUUGAGUUGAAUUAUGAAAAAUAUUUUUGCUAUUUGGGUACCCAUCUGAUUAUUUAGGCAGAGCCUUGAUUUGUUUCGGCUUCAAGCUUGAAAAGUUGCUAUAUUUCUUACUUAUAUAUUUGUUUAGGACAUGUUUGUAUUUUCUUUUGUUUCUUGUCAGGAUGAUGAGUAACUAUUUGUAAUUGUGAGGCAGCUGCAUGAGUCAAACUGGUAUUUGGUUGAAUGUUCAAUGCAGUUUUAGGAGGUAGCAAAGUAAAAACAAGUC